AUGAGUCUCAUCCACUACAGCUCUGCAGACGACAACGACGAAGAUUACACAUCCAGCGACAACGACCAUCUCUUCAUGAAAGACUCUCCUCGCCGCAGAAGCAACGGCACUGCAAGUCCUCCUCACCACGAACCCGAUGACCAACCUCAACCACCAACAUCCCAGAAACUGAGCCGCUCAAACCCCAUCUGUGUCUGUCGCAACCCCUCCGCGAUUGCUUCCGCCGCAUAUUCAGCAGCAGCAUUCAGCCCCGUCGAACCCGCCAUCUGGAACGAAUUACGCAGGCUCUUCCACAGCGACGAUCCACGCAAACACUUUGACAUCUUGAGACGAAGCACGCCGGUGACUGAUGAGCAAGGCAAUGGGUUUGUGCUGGUAGAGGCGAGGGUGCAAGCUAAAGAUGGGAGCAUGGUUGCCAAAGGCGAGCCGUGUACUGAUAAUGUGCUUUCGCUGAGGAGUCUGAGGAAUGCUUUGAUGGAGACCAAGGGAGACAAGCGAAUGCCUGUUGAAAAUGGAGAAGAGAUUAUUGCGGGUAGGAUUGAGGGGUUUGAGAAGGUUUGUUCGGCUUGUGGGUUGCCUCGCUUUUGA